CCUUAACACAUGCUUUUCCCUAGGAGACACAACAAGCAACUUGAAGUGUUCUUCCUCUACUUUGUUUCUUGAGUCUCCCUCUCUCUCCCCUCUCCUUUCUUGCCUCUUAUUAACUACAAUACACUGAAUUUAGAACCCAAAAAAGAUAAAGAAAAAUGGAGGGGAGCGGUUGUUUUGGCAGUUUCAUUCAAAGGUGUAAGCCUUACAUAGCAAUGAUAUCUCUGCAAUUUGGCUAUGCUGGAAUGAAUAUCAUCACUAAGGUUUCCCUCAACCGGGGGAUGAGUCAUUACGUGCUGGUCGUCUACAGGCACGCCUUUGCCACCGCCGCUAUUGCUCCUUUCGCUAUUGUUCUCGAAAGGAAAGUGAGGCCAAAGCUUACAUUUUCCAUUUUCAUGCAAAUUUUCGUUCUGGGUCUUCUUGGGCCUGUGAUUGAUCAAAACUUUUACUACGCUGGGCUAAAAUUCACGUCGCCGACUUUCUCUUGCGCCAUGAGCAACAUGCUACCUGCGAUGACAUUUGUGAUGGCUGUUCUUUGCCGGAUGGAGAAAGUAGACAUAAAGAAAGUGAGAUGCCAAGCAAAGGUUAUUGGAACUAUAGUGACAGUGGCUGGAGCUAUGCUGAUGACACUGUACAAAGGUCAAGUUAUUAAUUUUAUGUGGUCUAGUCAUGUCCAAACCCAUACAUCCUCUGCUCCUGUCGCCACUGGAUCCAGUGACAAAGACUGGGUUAAGGGUUCAAUUCUUCUCAUCAUUGCUACUCUAGCUUGGGCCUCAUUCUUCAUUCUCCAGGCAGUAACACUUAAGAGAUACGCAGCUCAGCUCUCACUCACAUCUCUUGUCUGCUUUCUGGGCACACUACAAUCCAUUGCUGUCGCCUUUGUUAUGGAGCAUAGGACCUCUGCUUGGACCAUUGGCUGGGACAUGAACCUUCUUGCUGCUGCUUAUGCUGGAAUUGUGUCAUCAAGCAUUGCCUACUAUGUUCAAGGACUUGUAAUGAAGAAAACAGGACCUGUCUUUGUUACUGCUUUUAGCCCUUUGAUGAUGAUCAUAGUGGCAAUCAUGGGCUCUUUCAUCCUUGCAGAAAAGAUUUAUCUUGGAGGCAUUCUUGGUGGGAUACUCAUCGUAGCAGGACUUUACUCGGUUCUUUGGGGCAAAUACAAAGAAUACAAAGAAGCAGAAGUCGAAAAGAAGCCGGAAGCCGUUGAGGGAAAUGAAGAGAGAAAUGAAACAAAUGACAUAGAAAUGCAAAGAAAUCAGGCAGUGGCUGUUAGUUUUCCAUCUUCACAGCCACCCAUGAUUGGCAGAGAAGCACCAAGAGCUUAAUUAGCAUAUAGGAGAGACUAGAGAGAGAGAAAUAAUGAAGGAAAAAAGAAGACUUUUUUUUUUUGUCUUUUUUCUUUUUCUUUUUUCGUUUUCCAUUUCGUUUUACAUUUGAGCUCGUAAUCUGUUUGAUGAAAAAAGAAAUCAGAGCAAUGCAAAAUCCUUUUUAAUUA